AACAAAACAACACAAAACAAAAAUAAGUUUACACACUCAGUUUUCUCUCACCAUUUUUAUUUUUUUUUUACCCCCUUCUCAAUGUCACCAAGACCCAACAAUUACAGCAGUAAUUGCAAGUUUCUGACAAUUAAACAAGAACAUGGGAGAGAAAAAGUCCCUUUUACCCUUUUCAUCUUUCUCUCCCCUUGUUUUCAUCAUUGUGUCAUAACCAUUUUAAUCCUUUUGCCAUUUUAUAAUCCUCUGUAAAAAAAGAUACAAUUUUUUUUAUUUGAGAGAAAAACCAAGAUUAAAAAAUAAUAAUAAUGGAUGUCACACGAAAAGUAUUGUGCGGGAGUGAUUUAUUCAACCCAGUUUUAUCAAUGGGUUUGCAGGCAUCUUUGCUUCUUUCAGUUUCUCAUCUUCUUCAGAUUGCUGUCAAAUCUGUUGGGAUUCCCACGCCUAUCCCUCAAAUUACUGCUGGGUUGUUGAUAGGUCACUCCCUUUUGUCUAAGAUAAAGCCGCUUGAAAAAUACUUCCUCCAGACCAACUCUGCUGACUACUAUAAUGUGUUGGCCUUUUUCGGUAGAACGUGUGUUGUGUUUUUGAUUGGUCUUGAGCUGGAUCUUUCCUAUAUGAAGCGUCACCUGCGUGCUGCAAGUAUCAUUGCAUUUGCUGCUGCAUUGCCAUGUAUCAUCAUAUCCGGAGCUAUCUCAUUCCUGAUGUUUCAGUUUUUCAUGAAAAAACAUGAGAGCUUUGUCUCGUUUAUGUUUAUUUUUAUGUUGUCGGUAGCUAAUUCGGCCUCCCCUCUUGUCAUUCGCUUCAUAGCCGAGUUAAGGCUUGGAACUUCUGACUUUGGGCGUUUAGCUGUAUGUGCUUCAUUGGUUAAUGAUAUCACAUGCAUAUUAUGCGGGGGUCUGGUGAUGAAGACUGUUGAAGAUGGUAAAUUUAAUUGGCUUGAAUGGAUUUGGUCUUUGCUUUUCACUGCCAUAGUUAGCUUUGUAGUGAGACGCAUAGCUCUUUUGCUGAACAAGCUGAGUCCAGAUGCUCAGUACCUGAAGAAUACUCAAAUUGUGCCUUUGUUUCUUUUCGUGCUGCUUGCUGCAAGUUUUGUUGAUAGAUGGGGAGCCGCUAAUAGCUUGUUGACUGCAUUGAUUCUUGGAGUUACUUUCCCUCGCAAAGGAAAAACUGCUCGGACUAUGACUCACAAGCUUUCUUAUGCUGUGUAUACAUUUGUGCUCCCAAUAUACUUUGGCUACACUGGUUUUCAAGCUAAUUUUGCGGAUGCUACUGUCUUAAGGAAUCUUAUUGGAAUCCUUGUUGUUUUGCUCUUAAGCAUCGGUGGCAAGAUUUUAGGUACUCUCGUUGCUUGUUACCGAUUGCAAAUUCCAUUGAAAGAAGGGAUUGUGCUUGGUUUGCUACUGAAUUUGAAAGGUCACUUUGAUGUUAUGAUCUUAGGCGCUGUCAGAUUGAAAUUAGAUUGGAAUAGUAGUUUCGUAGAAGUGAUGUUAAUAACGACAAUACUGAAUACACUUAUUUCAGGACUUGCCGUGGCUUUUAUAGUUUUAAAGGACAAUAAUACCUUUGGUUAUAGGCCUGUAACCCUUGAGCACCAAUGUCCAGAAACAGAGCUCCGGGUGCUGGCCUGUGUUCAUGGUCCCCGUAAUGUUACAACUAUGGUUAAAGUUAUUGGAUGGUUGAAUUGGUCAAAAGAUUUACCUAUAUGUGCAUAUCUUAUGCAUUUGGUUGAGCUUCUGCCAAAGAAGAGAACUAGUAAGAUGUAUCAUCAGUUAGAGGAUGAUGAACUGAGUGAUGAUGAUACCUAUGGUGGAAAUGAUGCGGUAGAGAUCAAUGAUGGAGUGGACGAUUUUGUAACUGAGACAGGAAUAUUUAUUCGCCAAUUGAAGGCUGUUUCGUCCAUAUCACGUAUGUUUGAGGAUGUGUGUGAUGUAGCUGAGGAUUUGCGAGCAUCAAUUUUAAUUCUUCCUUUUCAUAAACAUCAAAGAAUAGAUGGGAAAAUGGAAAGUGGUAAGGAGGGCAUACGCGCAACUAAUCAGAGAGUGCUUCGCCAUGCCCCUUGCACGGUUGCCAUCCUUGUUGACCGAGGACUUCUGGGGUCCUCACAAGCACCGGGUUUGAAGACAAUGCCGCAUGUUGCAUCUUUGUUUUUUGGUGGGCCUGAUGAUCGUGAAGCAUUGUCUCUUAGUACCUACAUUGCGAUGCAUCUUGGCAUGAACCUUACUGUUAUUAGGUUUCUCCAAGCAUCUGCAAGGGAGAGCACUCAGGAUAAAAUAAAUAUUUCAUCAGAAGGGGAUGAGCAAGUUCUGAUGGCUAUGCCAAGUCGUGGAACAGAAGAUGAAGCAGAUAAUGCAUUUCUUGAAGAUUUCUAUAACAGAUACGUAACCUCCGGUCAAGUGGGCUACAUAGAGAAGCAUGUAAAGAAUGGAGCCCAAACAGCAACAGCCUUGAGAGACAUAAUAGAUAUGUAUCAAUUGUUCAUAGUUGGAAAAGGGGGACGCCGGAAUUCUACUAUAACAACCGGGAUGAGUGAUUGGGAAGAAUGUCCAGAACUUGGCAGAGUGGGAGAUCUCUUGGCUUCGUCAGAAUUCGAUCCAAACUGCUCUGUUUUGAUUAUCCAGCAAUACAAGCCUCAACUGGACUGAUGACAACUUAUGUGAAUAUAACGACCAAGAUUGUUAUAUCCGAAAUCGCUUGUACUUCAAUGUCACCGAAAUAUGACAGGACACAUGCAGUUGACAUUUCAUGCUCAUUAACAUGUACAUUCUCAGAUAACCAUGGAUUUGCAGGUACAGUCUGACAGCCAUCUCUGAAUUAUGUGGUGAUUCAUAUUAUGGCAUCUUUUAGCUUUGUCUUUGGCUUGGUUUUGAGCCAAAAUUCAGGAAUAUAUUUGUUUAGAUAUUAGAGAUCAGAUAGGGCAGCUUAGUUUAGAUAGGGUAUAGUCCACUUAGAGUUGCUGAUUUCUGUAAUAUUUUGCAAUGUUAUUUCAGUUUAGACUUAGAAAUACACAGUAUAUGUUUGGUACUUCUAGUCCAGAACUUUGGUAUCUUCUUUUCACUUUUUAUGCAAGAGCAUUUUUUGUA